AUGUAUCCAUUCGCAAGUAAAAUCUCUGGCACUCAUGCCUUGGUGACUGGUAAUGUUGACAUCUAUGGACAUAAUUCAGGGGGCACUAAAGGCAUCGGACGGUUGAUAGUUCAAGCUCUCCUCGCUGAGGGCGCCAAUGUGUCGUAUUGUGCUCGAAACCCUCGAGGCGAUGAAUUCUCCGCCUUUCAAGGAGUUGCAGACAACGCCAGAGCCGUCGGAUCCACGGUUGAUAUCGCCAAUCCGACUGACAUCAAGAAGUGGGUGAAGAAAUCGGUUGAUGAGUUUGGCAGAAUUGAUUGUGUAGUGGCCAAUGCGUCUCCCAUCUACCAGGAUCCCACCCCUGAGCACUGGGAAAAGAGCUUCAACGCCGACAUCAUGGGUCUUGUAAGCCUACUGGAAGCGACAGAACCGUAUCUAGUAGAACGCGCCAGAGCAGGAGGCUCCCCUUCCGUCGUGGUCAUUACGUCUUUGGCUGGGUAUGACCUUGUGCUGCCGACCAUUGGAAGCCCUUAUACCACUUUCACGCGAGCCAAACCAGUCAUUGCCAAAGACUAUGCUCGCAAAUUUGCGCCCUUGGGUGUCCGUGUCAACACUUUGGCAUUGGGGCUCGUUAAUACACCAAAUAUCACUCAUCCGGACGGUUCGGUCGAAUGGAGCACCUAUCAAACUUUCAAGAAAAACAACCCUGAUGUUGUCAAGGCUCUAGAAGACAAGGUUCCUCUCAAGAGAGCUGCGGAGUGUGAGGAGAUUGCGAACGUAGUUGUUUUCCUGGCAAGUAGUCUUUCGAGCUACGUUUGCGGUGCGACGAUUACAGUUGAUGGCUCAUUCUCGACGGCUCUAGUUUAG